AAUUAAAUAAAUUGGGGGGAGUACAAUAGGUUAUCGGCUGAGGUUAAAUGUACCGUUAUCCCUAAUAUGUCUAUUUAUACUACUAUAUAUGUACCCUUAGUUUGCUUGUUAGCUAUUGUAGGUUUAUUUUUAUUUUUUUUGAUAAUCAGCUAUUGUAGGUUUAUUGAGUAGAGAAAAAUGAAACCAAACCAAAUGUCAAAAGAAGAGGCAAAAGAGCUAUUAGAUGCAGUAACACAUAUAUCAAACCAAAAUAUAGCUUACCUGAAUUCCAUGGCCCUGAAGUGUGCUGUUCAACUAAGCAUCCCAGAAGCCAUUCACAAACACAGCAAGGCCGUGACUAUCGAUGAACUCGCCAAAGCUCUUUCAAUCCAUCCUACCAAGGCUCCAUCCCUACAUCAGUUGAUGCGUCUUCUUGUUCACUCCAAAUUCUUCGCAACCAAAACAUUGGUCGAUAAUGGAAACCAAACAUUAUUAUAUUUUGAUCUUACCCUAAACUCGCAACUUCUUUUGAAAGAUCAUCCUCUAACUCAAGCACCUUUAACUAUUAUGCGAACCGAUCCACUAAUAACUAAGCCGUCACAUAAUCUUGCUACAUGGUUUCAAAGUCAAGAUAUUGAGGUUUCUGAGUCCCCUUUCCACGUUACUUAUUGUAGACAUUUAUACGAAGAUGCGCCUAGUGAUGCCAAAUUUAAUGAGUUAUUUCAACAAGCUAUGACAAGCGAUUCUCAAUUGAUCGCUCGUGUGCUGUUGACUAGUAACGAGUUCAAGUGCGCAAUGCAAGGUGUUGAGUCGUUGGUUGACGUUGGUGGAGGUGAUGGUACUAUGGCUAAGGCUAUUGCCGAGGCCUAUCCUGAGGUCGAAUGUACCGUGUUCGACUUACCAAACGUAGUCCAAGGGAUACAACGAAACGAGAAGGUAGGGAACUUGACAUUUGUUGCAGGUGACAUGUUUGAAGCUAUUCCUCAUGCUCAAGUCGUCUUACUCAAGUGGAUAUUGCACAAUUGGAGCGACGAGAAUUGCAUAAAGGUGCUUAAGCGAUGUAAAGAAGCAAUUCCAAGUAGGGACAAAGGUGGCAAGUUGUUGAUCAUAGAUAUGGUGGUUGGAAUUCCAAGUGACAAUUUAAACCAAUUUUUCACAGAUGUGCACAUGAUGUCUCUUUUGGGAGGAAAAGAAAGAACUGAACAACAAUGGAAAUAUCUUUUCAUCAAUGCCGGCUUUAGUGACUAUAAUAUUUUUCCAAUUUUAGGGCCGAGAUCUGUCAUUGAAGUGUAUCCUACAUAAUUUUAAUUAUUUCAAUAUAAAUUUUUAUUUUUUGGUGUUUAAAGAGCCACAAAGGCAAGUGAUAAAAAUCGAUUUCAAGAUCAGCUAAAACCGAGAAGAGAGCUCUAACCACUUGAGUUAUAUAUCUCUCACUCUCAAUUAUUCCAAUAUUAGUUGUUUAUAUCAUAUUUUCCUCAUUCAGUUUUAGUUGCAACAUUUUGUUCUUAAAUAAAAGCUCUCAUAUGACACUUGAAAAGAUAAGAGUUAUUAAACGUUUUCCUUCUUUUUUUAAUUUUUAAUAUUUUAUUUUUUAUGGAGUACUGUUUAAACGUCAUUCUUUUAACCAGCUUCCUUUGUGGACUAGUGGUAACAGAACGAACCCUCUAAAGUCUAGGUCCAGGGAUCAAGCAUUGGUAUCGCCCUCUCUUUCUCUGUUCUCUAGAUAUAUUUCUUUUUAAAAAAAAAAAAAAAAUUCAAACAUCAUA